ACUCAAUUUAAAUUAUAAGACCAACGGUUUGCUGUGUGCCUCCCGAAAUUUCUGUCUGUGACCGUGGGUUGAAUUUGGAACGUUGCAUGAUUUGUGAGUAAAAACAGUGGGAUAAUCGGUGUUCUUCUGUUAGGUGGCUUUCAAAGCAGGUUACUUACUCGUCUGUAUUAUAUAUUUAAUCCUUAAAUAAUAUCUUAGUGUUCAGUCUACUGAGAUAAUGAAUCUGAAUGUAUUCGAUAUAAUAAUUCUUGUGAUAUAUUUUAUAGCCCUGCUGGGUACCGGAAUAUAUGCUUUAUUUGCUUCAAGAAGAGGGACUGUGAGUGGAUAUUUUUUAGCUGGACGGUUUAUGACAUGGCUUCCUGUGGGUGCAUCACUCUUUGCCAGUAACAUUGGGAGUGAACAUUUCAUCGGUCUUGCUGGGUCAGGGGCAGCAGCAGGUAUAGCUGUUGGUGCUUUUGAACUAAAUGCAUCAAUUUUACUUCAGCUCCUUGGAUGGGUUUUUCUCCCAGUUUAUAUUGCAAGCGGAGUUUUCACGUUACCAGAAUACAUGAAAAAACGGUUUGGGGGUGAAAGAAUACACAUAUAUCUUGCUGUUUUAUCGCUCAUACUUUAUAUUUUUACGAAGAUUUCGGUUAAUUUAUAUUCAGGUUCAUUAUUUCUAACCGAAGCAUUAAACUGGAACACUUGGGUAUCCAUAGUUCUGUUGCUUCUGCUAACCGGUCUUAUAACUGUCACAGGUGGAUUAGCAGCUGUUCUUUACACUGAUACACUUCAGUUUUUCGUAAUGAUAAUUGGCGCUUUAGUAUUAUCCAUCAUAAGUUAUAUUAAAGUUAACGGAUUCAACGGUGUUCUAUCCUUAUAUGGUCAGGCAAUUGCAAAGUUCAAUACUUCAUCGAAUGAAACUGCCAAUGCAUUAAUUAGUUUAGCCAAUGCUGUAAAUACAACUGGCAUCAAUUCAUUAGCGGAAUUAGCUGAUCUACCUGAGGUUUCUCCAACGCUAAAAUGCAGUUUACCAUCGACUAAAGCGUUUACACUGCUACGUGGAAUUAAUGAUCCUGAUAUGCCAUGGCUUGGAUUUCUACUUGGUCAAACACCUGCAUCUAUAUGGUAUUGGUGUGCUGAUCAGAUGAUGGUACAACGUGUUUUGGCGGCUAAAAGUUUGUCUCAUGCACAAGGCGCCACAUUAAUGGCUGGUCUGAUUAAACAACUCCCAUUAUUCAUUAUGGUGAUCCCAGGAAUGAUAAGUAGGAUAUUAUUUCCAGAUGAAAUCGCCUGUAUUCCGGGACCUGAUUGUUAUCGUAUUUGUGGCCAAAAAAGUGGAUGCUCAAAUUUAGCCUAUCCAAAAUUAGUUAUCAGUGUAAUGCCAUCAGGUCUUAGAGGUCUUAUGCUAGCUGUAAUGUUAGCUGCUCUUAUUUCUGAUCUGACCUCAAUUUUUAAUUCAGCUAGUACACUGUUCACUGUUGAUAUUUAUCAGAAAAUCAGAAAAAAAGCUAAAAAUAUGGAAUUGAUGAUUGUUAGCCGAAUAUUUGUAAUUGUAUUAAUCUUAUUGAGUAUAGCCUGGAUACCUGUUAUACAAGAAUUACAAGGCAGUCAAUUAUUCCCGUAUAUUCAAGCUGUCUCAGCGUAUUUAGCUCCGCCUGUUGCCGCAGUCUAUUUGUGCGCUAUACUGAAUAAACGAAGCACAGAAAGGGGAGCAUUCAUUGGCCUAAUGUAUGGUUUAUUGAUUGGUAUAAUACGCCUGAUAUUAACAAUUAUCUAUCAUGAACCAAUCUGUGGUGAAUUGGAUACACGACCAUGGAUAAUAAAAAAUGUUCAUUAUAUGUAUUUUGCAUUAUUUUCAUUUUUCACCUGUGGUCUAAUUGUCUGUCUAGUAUCAUUAACAGAGAAAUCAUCAACAAAUGAACAAUUAUAUCGUUUAACUUAUUGGACAGCAUGGGAUAAUCGAAAUAACAAUAAUAGUAAUAACAAUGAUAUUGAUGAUAAUAACUUAUAUAAUUCAAAGAUACAAAAUGGUAUACAUUCAAAUGAGAUUAUAAUUAUGAUUAAAACAGAUCAUUCUGAUGGACAAGAAGUGGACUACAAGGACGACGACGAGGACGAGGCGGAGAAAGAACACAACGAUGAUGUGCAGGAGAAGAAGGGAAAGAAGAAGAGGAAGCACAAGAAGAAAAAGCAGAAAAAGGAGACUUCUAGUGGUGACAGCGAUGUCAAUAAUCAUAACAAUAAAAAGGGGUACAAACAUCCACAACAAGAACAACAACAACAACAACAGGAGAAAGGUGAAAUAAUCAGCAGACCAAAAACAAAAUUUGAUAAAUUAAAACCUUUGUAUAAUGCAGAAAAGAAUACUUCUUUACAAUUUGAUAGUGAUAUUAAUGUGGAACAAAAACAGCCUGUAAAUAAAACAUCUACAGAAGGUCCCCAUCCUAUAGAAGAUGAAACAUCCUUAUCGAAAUCGUCAUCUUCAUCACCGUUUUAUCGAUUAAUAAAAAAUAUCUGUUUAUGGUUCUGCGGUUGUGCUGAUCAUCCAUGCUCUGAUCCUGAAGUUAGAGAUCGAUAUGGUUGUAAAUGUUGUCCAGUGAGUACACAUGAUAAUGAGGCUGGUAAUUCCCGAAGACAUCCCAUAUCUGGUGAUAUUAUUCAAAUCAGUAGUAGUGACACCGACGCCGACACCGAUGAUGAUGACCUUAAAGCUGAGAUGCGUCGUUUAGAUCAAGAGAAACAUUUAGCUAAAAUUACAAGUUUAAAACAAGAUCCACAAGUGAAAUUUGGCUUAUACAUUGGCCUAGUCAUAAUUAUGAUCUUGUCUGUAUUCGGUUUCAUCUUUUUCUCUGUAUAUUUUGGACCAAUUGAAAUCGGCCCAAUCCCUGUGAUGAAUGUGGAUGACCAAUCAAGUUUAAGUAGUGGACCAUUGAAUGAUGCCAUUGAAUUGUUAAAGAAAAAUGGUUUAAUUAAAACACAAUGAAAACAGCAAAACAAAAGAAAAGCGUCGACAGACAGAGAAUAGACAAUCAGAGAUAAAGUUUCAUUCUAAUUCAAAUUGUUAUACAUACGUCUAUUAAUAUAUAAACAUAUAAAUAUGCACAUAUACAACACACUCAUAUAAAUAUACAUAUGAUUCAUUCAUUAGAGGAAACGUUUGUUUUUUUUAUUUAUUUUAAUUUGAAGUUCUAUUUUAAUGUUCCUGUUUACAUUCUUUUGUUUUUUUGUCUAUUUCCGAGUGUUACUAUUUCUUAUAUGACACUUUCAUUGGGUACUUAUGUAAUGUGUAGAUAACUAUGCAUAUAUAUAUAUAUAUAUAUAUA